UCUCCCCUCAUACACAUUCAUACACAAUUGCAUAUACUUACACAAAUACACCCCACCACCCUCACCCUACACCCCCCACCACCCCCAAUCAAGGAUUAUACAUACAUACAGUUGUAUAUAUACACACACAUACGCAUAUAUUGCGAUUUGGUAUUCAUACGCCGGCAAAACCCGAAUUGGAUAGGGGGUUUCGAAAAUGGAGAAGAGCAGCGACGGAUUUGUUAGGGCGGAUCAGAUAGAUUUGAAGAGCUUAGAUGAGCAGCUCGAGAGGCAUCUCAAUCGAGCUUGGACUAUGGAGAAGAACAAGAAGAAGCUAACGCAGGACGAUUCGGUUCUCCUCUCCGUUAACCACCACGCUCCGGCCGCCGCGGCGGCGGCGGCGGCGGCGUCGCCUCCGGCCCAAGCUGGACCGGCCGCCGUGAUUGUGCCGCCGCCUCAGCCGCCGCCGCCGUCUAGGCAGAGGUUUGAUUGGGAGAUUGACCCCGCGAAGCUCAUCAUCAAAAGCGUCAUUGCUCGCGGCACCUUCGGUACUGUCCACCGUGGCAUUUACGAUGGCCAAGAUGUUGCCGUUAAACUGCUAGACUGGGGAGAAGAGGGACACAGGACGGACGCGGAAAUAGCAUCUUUGAGGGCGGCUUUUACUCAAGAAGUAUCGGUUUGGCAUAAGCUUGACCAUCCUAAUGUCACUAAGUUUAUUGGGGCAACCAUGGGAUCUUCGGGGCUAAAUCUACAGACUGAAAAUGGUCAAAUCGGCAUGCCAAGUAACAUAUGCUGUGUUGUUGUGGAAUACCUUCCGGGCGGUGCCUUGAAGUCUUACCUUAUAAAGAACAGGAGAAAGAAGCUAGCAUUCAAAGUGGUAGUGCAGAUGGCACUCGAUCUUGCCAGAGGGUUAAGCUAUCUUCAUUCUCAAAAGAUAGUUCACCGAGAUGUAAAGACGGAGAACAUGCUCUUGGACAAGACACGAACAGUAAAAAUAGCAGAUUUCGGGGUUGCUCGUGUAGAAGCCUCGAAUCCAAAUGAUAUGACCGGAGAGACAGGGACCCUUGGCUAUAUGGCCCCUGAGGUUCUCAACGGGAAUCCAUACAAUAGAAAAUGCGAUGUAUAUAGUUUUGGCAUUUGUUUAUGGGAGAUCUAUUGUUGCGACAUGCCAUAUCCUGACCUGAGUUUCUCAGAAGUUACUUCAGCUGUGGUUCGCCAGAAUCUGAGGCCAGAAAUACCGAGAUGCUGCCCGAGCUCCCUUGCAAAUGUAAUGAAACGGUGCUGGGACGCGAACCCAGACAGGCGGCCAGAGAUGGACGAGGUCGUGUCCAUGAUUGAGGCAAUCGAUACAUCGAAAGGCGGAGGAAUGAUCCCGGUUGAUCAACAACAAGGUUGUCUUUGUUUCAGAAAGUACAGAGGGCCUUAAAAAAAAGCCAAAUCUAAUCUACAUUUCAGCUCUCUCAAUUCUGUAUACCUCCCAUUAUUAUCUGCAAGCAGUUCACAAUGGAACUGGGAUUAUAGUGAUGGAAGUUGUGGUAGUGCUGCUGUAAAUCUCAUACUCUUUUUCUUUCAUUGCCUUUCUUCUCCUCAUUUUAUUUUGGGAAAUUUUCUUUUAUGUAUUUAUUUGACUAGCUUUUGGUGAUGGAUUGGACCAAUCACCUUUAUAUUGUAGCAUUGACAUUUAUAUCUUCUAUAUAUAUAAGAUGAUAUAUAGUAUGAUAAA